AUGGCUUUUCAACAGGUGAUCAACCUCAUGGAUCGUGAACUGGCCCUGGCAGCCAACUUAUCGCUGCCUGGCAGAUGCGAACGGGGUAUCUUUAGGUAUCGAUAUCCCGACGAGCCACUGGAGCAGCUCACUGAUCUGGCGUUCGGGGACGGCCCUGCCACCGCCUCGCCCUACGCCGUCCACGGCCCCGGCGUCGGAAGCGGCGUCGGACACGCGCGUCGAGCCGGCCCGGCGUCAAGGGCCAAACGCUCGAGGGGGCGUGCCCAGUCCCGCCGCUCCGCCGGUGCUGCUGCCGUCUAUGCGCCGGGUGAUAGAUCAGCUGGGGGCGCUGAGAAACGCUCAGAACUGCGGCAUAUGCUACAGGCCAGGGCCAUGGAAAGUCUGGAAGCAGUUGAGACAAUUGAGAAGAUUGAGACGAUCCUCAAGGACUCAUUGUCACGUUUGUUGCAGAACAUCGACGAGCGCUUGGAGCGGCAACGGACAUCGAUCGAGGCCUCCGUUCAACGGUCUGCAAUCUCCACGAUCCAGGCGCUCAAUCGCGGGGACCGGUCAUCGGGCCACUCGUGGAGCCAGUCCUGGAGCCAGUCGCGAGAUUCUCCAGUCAGCACGCAAUCCUUUGAGGCCCCGGCCUUUGAGGCCCCGGCCUUUGAGGCCCCGGCGAUCCCGGAGUCCCCCUCCUUUCGACCAGGAGAUGAACUGGUGGAAAGAUAUAUUGAUUUAGAUGUCUAUGCGGCUAUGGGAGAGGAGCCGGAGCUUAUGGAGAGGCCACGGGGUCCACUCGUGUCCAUUCAGGAAGAUGAUGAAAUAUCAGAAUCCCCAACUGAAAUCAGAGAUCCCGCGAAGAAGUUCGGUGUACGUGCUCCGAGUGUGAGACACCUGAAGCCAGCAAGACAAGACUCCUAUGAACUUGCAAAGAAAGAAGAAGGUGUUUGGGUUCGUUCCGAGAUGUCCGGCGGUGCAACGAAUGCGCAUGAUGAUGGCCAGAAGGAUGGGAAUCCCUUCCAUCAAUGUAUUGCUAAAGUUGUCAGGACCUGGCAAUUUGAGACCUUUUUCGCCUUGCUGAUCUUUGCACACGCCAUUCUUCUGGGAGCUCAGAUUGACUGGGAGUGUCGAAAUUUAAAUAAAGACUUGCCAAGUGAGACGGCUCAAGUUCACGUUGUGUUCACCUCCUUCUUCCUGCUUGAGCUCAUCAUGCGGAUCGCUGGAUUUGGUUUUCGGGAGUUUUGCACCGGCGAAUCGCACAUCUGGAAUCUAAUAGAUGUUUUCUUAGUGUUAAUAGCAGUAAUCGAGAAUCUGGCAGAGAUUUUGACAGAGGACUCUUUCGCCAGUGGAAGUUUCCGCAUUUUGCGCAUCUUGCGCCUUGCUCGAUCCGCGCGGGGUCUGCGUGUUGUUCGUUUGCUCCGCUUCAUCCGACCUCUACGGCUCCUGGUCUUCUCCAUUGCGGUGACAUUGAAGUCAUUGAUCUGGUCAGUGAUUCUCUUGUUUAUUAUCAUCUAUUUGUUCAGUAUCCUGUUUGCAGAUGCCAACUUGGCACACUUUACAUCAGAAGGUAACAUCCCGCCAGCAAUCCUGACCGAUAGCGACUUACAAUCUCAUUUUGGCUCAGUUCAAAUAUCAAUGCAUACACUUUUCAGAGCUAUUUGUGGUGGUCUGGAAUGGCGACACGCAGCAAAUUCCUUGGACCGGAGUAUUGGUUGGGGUUGGUCUCAACUAUUCACAUGCUAUAUGGCAUUCUGCUGUUUUGCGGUACUCAACGUUAUGACGGGAGUCUUUUGCCACAGUGCCAUCGCCAGCGCCGAACAAGAUCAUGAGAUCAUGGUGCAGUCGAUGGUGAACGAACAGGAACGCAUUCGCCAAGCGUUUGCUGAUCUGUUCCGUCUAAUGGACAAGGAUGGCAGCGGCACCAUCACCAUCAAAGAAUUUGAAAAAGGUUUCCACGUAGAAACUACGAAAGCACUUUUCGAAGCCCUUGGACUUAAAGCUGAAGACGCUUGGACACUCUUCAGGAGCUUGGACAAGGACGGUGACCAUCGGAUUGGAGAGACGGAAUUUGUGCACGGGUGCAUUAACACUCGUGGUCCCGCUCGACAAGUAGAUUUGCGAAGACAGGCCCAACAGAACAGGACACAACUGGACAGCUUGGAAGGCGCUUGCUUUGAGUUCCUGGUGCUGCUCAAAGAAGUGGCACAGAAAAUGGACAUCGACCCUUCAGAGAUCCUGGGAGCAAUUCAUUCCGCCCAAUUGAGCACCCACAGCGACUGACUGAAUUUGCUAGUUCUGCUGUGCUGUAGCAAUUCGCAAGUGGCAGAAGAGCUUGAAGUCAAAGUAACUCCUCGACCUCCAAACGGAGCUUUCAGGAUAUUGCUGACUUUUUGCAGCUUUUUCAGACUCGAACAAAAAAGCAUAAAAAA